AUGCAAAUGUUCGCGACACCUAUUGAAGAAAACUUAGCACACAUUUUUGUUUGUAUAUUCACCAUCUUGAACGCUGUCUUGGUAACUAAGAUGUCGGAUCUCCUGGAACUUGUGAACUCGGAGUCAAGAGUGAUGCUCCUGUACGCCACUAGGGAGGAAGCCAUCCUCAUCCUCUCCUGGGCCAGGGAAUACGGCAUAACUGGAGAAAACUACGUCUGGGUUGUGACCCAAAGUGUCAUCGAGAAUCAGAUGAACCCAUCGCAUUUACGAAUCGUCUCAAAACUACAUCUUUGGCAUAAGAAUGGUCAAUUUGAUGCCGGUCAAUACCUCGAAAUACUCUUCGGAUGGAUAGAAAUACCAAUUAGCUUCUACGACCAGAAUACUUCUAAAGAUCUAGCGGACCCAAUAACUAUAAAGGAAACUACCGCUAAACCCGAUUCGGUGGGAUUGCUACCUUAG